GCGGGGAGCGGCCCGGGCGCCGUCUCGGCUGCGGUGACGGGGACGGCACGUACCUGCUGGCGGCACCGAGCGCCACCUGAGGCGGCGGCGGAGGAUCUGGCCCGGGGGCUGCUGGCUAGGCACGCUUCGGCGUCUCGUCACUCCAUGGAUUCCUUUGGGACACCUAAAUCAGAAGAUGACCAGUCAGUAGUCAGCAGAAUGCAAAAGAAAUACUGGAAAACCAAACAAGUCCUAAUCAAAGCAACAGGAAAAAAAGAAGAUGAACACGUGGUAGCAUCUGAUGCAGAGCUGGAUGCCAAACUAGAGGUUUUUCAUUCCAUUCAAGAGACAUGUACUGAACUUCUGAAGAUUAUUGAGAAAUAUCAGCAAAGACUCAAUGUAAUAUCUGAAGAAGAAAAUGAGCUUGGGCUCUUUUUGAAGUUUCAAGCAGAACAGGAUAUAACUCAAGCUGGCAAAAUGAUGGAUGCCACUGGCAAGACGCUCUGUUCUUCAGCCAACCAAAGAUUAGCUUUAUGCACUCCUCUGUCUCGUCUUGAGCAAGAAGUCACAACUUUUAGUCAGAGGGCAGUAUCUGAUACUUUGAUGACAAUCAAUCGAAUGGAGCAGGCCCGAACAGAAUACAGAGGGGCUUUGCUGUGGAUGAAAGAUGUAUCGCAAGAACUAGACCCAGACACAUCCAAACAAAUGGAAAAGUUCAGAAAAGUGCAGAUCCAAGUGAGAAAUACCAAAGCUUCUUUUGACAAGUUAAAGAUGGAUGUUUGUCAGAAGGUGGACUUACUUGGAGCUAGUCGCUGCAAUUUGUUAUCCCACUCACUCACUACCUACCAGAGAACACUGCUUGGAUUCUGGGAGAAAACAGCUCGAAUGAUGUCCAGAGUCCAUGAAGAAUUUACAGGCGUCCGUCCGUAUGAUUUUGUGGCGCUCAAGCGACUCAAAGAGUCUCCAAGCAAGCUUCCCGAAGAACACAAAGAUGACAAAGUAGAAAACAAUCUUCUUACUGCUAAUUUUGACAAGCUGAUUUUGUUGGAUGAGGAAGCAAGUGAAAAGGGAAGUGAAACAGCAACAGAAGGUCAUAAAGAAAACAAUUUUCAAAUGAGUGAGUUUGAAGCACCUCAGUUUUCUGGGCCUGAAAAUGUUGCAAAAGAUCUUCUUGUAGAUUCCCUGGAAGGAGAAGAUUUUGAGAAGGAAUUCUCAUUUUUAAACAACUUAAUGAGUUCCAGCUCCUCAAGUCCUGGAGAAUUUAACCAUGAAUGCCGAAAUGUCUGCGGGAGCCCCAGCACCAGCCUCCCUGCCCAGAGCUCUGCUGCAGGAGCAGCAUCUCUUGCUAAGUCAUCUGGAUUCCUUCCUUCGCAGCUCUUUGACCUGGGCCGCCAGGCUGCUGGAACUUUCAGUAGCUGGACCUCUCAGGGGGAAUCAGUAUUUUCUCUUUCACACACAGAUUCUGAUAACCAGCCUGUGCCUUCACAGAGUAAACCAAAGAAAUCACCACUAUCUCCAGAAGGUAGUAAUAAUCAAGAUAUGUCAGCCUGGUUUAACCUCUUUGCAGACCUGGAUCCCCUUUCAAAUCCAGAUGCCAUUGGACACUCAGAUGAUGAACUCCUUAAUGCUUGACUAGAAUUCCUAAGUAGAUAAUGAUAAUGUCACAUCAAUGGCCUUGAGGGAUCAAAUUUUGUAACAUAUUGCCUUUGUGGGAAGGAGUGCCGACUGUCAUUCAGACACAAGCAUGGUGUGUAAGAGUCCAGCUGUAUAGUAAAGAGUCAUGUGGAAAGCAAUAAGUUGGAACAUCAUUAAUAACUUGGCUUUGUAGAUGUUUCUCAGUCAUUUGUGGCAAGUACAAGAAGCCAUUUUGAGUCAGAUAGAUACUGAAGCACUGAAAUUCCCAAAGAGAAGGUAAAGUAAUUCUCAAUGAGGGUAUAUAUGAUUGUUUCCAUGGAAACUACCUUUUUAGGGCCUUGUGGUGGUUUUGAUCCUUUCAUGAGCCCAGCCAUUGUCUGGUGGAAUUCUGUUGGCCGAUCAAGAGCAUUAGGGAAGGCAGGAUGAUUUGAGAGCUUUCCAAAAAAGUCAUUUUGAGGAGCAGGGGCAUUGAGUUCUAUGUUAAAGUAUUACUGGAACCAUAUGAACUUUGUUAGAUUAAAACUAAAUCUGAAAGGAUCCAAUAGAAAAGUAGUGCCUGUUUUCCCCUAGGGGUCAAGUUGCUUCAUUUAUUCUUUGAAAAGCAGGGGAACCUUUAUUCUAAUCAACUAAAAAUAUGGUUAAAGUAGAUUAGCCCAUCCCAGCUAAGAAUCUGGAAAACUCUUCCCAUCUCACAGACUUAUGAUAUAGUCAUGCCAUGAUGAUGCUGGGCCUGUUACAUUCAGUGUUUACACUCCAGAAGGAAAAAAAAAAGAAAAAAUGCUUAUAAAAACAAUGCCUAAGCAAUCAAUGAUAGUGUCUUCUAAGUGCAUACUGUAGAUACUUCCACCCGGAAUUGGAGUUAAGCCUUAUUCGAAAAUAGCAGGCUCCUUUCAGGUCUUGCAUGCACUUUCUCCUUAUCUUUUGCAGUGGCCUGCUUCAAGCCCUAAAAGCAGAAAGCAGAACACAGUCCUAAUUAGGGGAAUGGCUUGGUUUUGCUUGGGGGAAAUGACUUUAGGUCUAUAGUUCUAUCGAUUGAUUGCAAUCUCAUCUUUCAAAUUUUGAGGCAAAAAUCUUUUCAACUACUAAGGUACAGUAGUUUUAGUUUAGUAGUAGGGGAGAGUUGAUGAGCAGUGUGAAGCAUACAAGAAUAUGGCUUCUCUGUUCUGUAUCAUGAUCUACUUGUGUUCCUAUUUUUCUCGUGGCAUUCUUUGGUUCCGGUUUAUUGUUGUGGUUGUUUUUAACCUAUAACUUUCUGGCUCCAUUUUUGUUUCCCAAUCCAGGGUUCUCCCCUACUAACAUCAUCAUAUAUGUUGACUAUUGCUUCCAUGUGUGCCUAGAUCAGAAUAUGAUUUACAUAGGGACUCAAAGAGCCUACUGCCACAGGAGAACGUUUUUGGAAAUUGAAGGUUUCAUGUAACUAAAGUCUUCACAUAAGCCAAAACACAUAACUUGUCCUGUUUAAAGGGCUAAAGCUGCCAAGGAAAGACCUUAAGGGGAAAAGAUUCAUUUCCAGAGAAUAAUGGCAAACUCAGUGAGGUGUUGGAUAAGAUUUUGGGGGGAUUAAAAAUAUAGGUGAGGGGCAGCUAGGUGGCAUAGUGGAUAAAGCACCGGCCCUGGAUUCAGGAGUACCUGAGUUCAAAUCCGGCCUCAGACACUUGACACUCACUAGCUGUGUGACCCUGGGCAAGUCACUUAACCCCCAUUGCCCCCCAAAAAAAAAAAAAAAAAAAAAAAGAAAUUAAAAAAAAUAUAUAGGUGAAAAUAAAACAUCUUGGCAGAGGUUUUCAUUAAAAAAUACAAGAACUCACAUGCACAUUGAUUCAGUCGUUCCUAUUUCUCCAAAAGAAAAGUGUGCUUUAGUUCUGAUAAAAUGUACCCUUUUUCUUUUGUGGCUUUGUACUCAAUUACUAAUGCUCAUUGCCCUAUCCUUUAUCCUAAUGCAGCAAGUGAGGAUGUCAGGAAACCACACUAUUAAUUUUUUGGUGCUCUCAAACUCCAUUGAACAGUAGGUGCUCAAAAUAAUGGCUGCUUUGACAUAUUUUAAGGAAUUCAUCCUUAAAAGGGUGUGAAACAUGAUAUAGUUGCAUUUUUUCAUAUUCUCUUAGAUGUAUUUUUCCUCCCCACAAAUGAAAAAUGUCCAUGCAACCUCUGAAUUAGCAUUGACUGCUUCACUAGUAAUCUAAAAGACCCAUUAAGAAGGUAUGAAGGCAGCUAGGUGGCCCAGUGGAUAGAGCACCGGCCCUGGAGUCAGGAGUACCUGAGUUCAAAUCCGGCCUCAGGCACUUAACACUUACUAGCUGUGUGACUCUGGGCAAGUCACUUAACCCCCAUUGCCCUGCAAAAAAAAAAAAAAAAAAAAAAAAAGGGCAUGAAAAGCCAUGUAGGGCAUAAAAGACUCAAUUGAAAAGCACUGCAUGAACGUCUUUGAAAACCUUCCUUUUGUAAUUAAAUUAGAGAAUCUUUCAUUCUGGAUAAGUCCAAGACAAAUAGUUUGAAGGCUAAACAACAGUUAGGAUUUGACAACUAAUUUUACGACGAAUAAUCUAAUACAACAAACCAAUACAUCCAGUGAGGUGAAGCGGACUAAAAAGAAACAGCUCAGUAAGUUCUGGCAUCAUUUUUUUUCUCUCACUUUAGAUCAUCCACUCACUAAGAGGCAGUAAACUCUACAAUUAUGUUUUCUGAAUAUGGGAAGAAUAUUCUUAGGAAAAAAUAAUUCCUUACCAUUUUUAUACUGAUUGCUUGGGGGGAAAAUAUCUCUUCCUCCAUGUUUUUAUACCAGAGAAGAAUGGAUUUAUAUUCUAAACAAGUCUAAUGAAUGGCUUCAGAACUGAACUUUGCCUGUUAUCUAUAGAGACCACAUCCAAAUCCACUAAGGUGGGUUAGGUAUAUGUUAGUAUCAAGAUUAAUGUAACUUUUUACUUUUUGAAAUCUUUAAUGAUAGAAUUUUAUAGUUAUGAAAUAAUAUCGGAAACUGAAAUUAUAGCUGCACAUUCGAAACAAGUGUUUGCAUUCAAAGUCACAUUUUAUCACAGUAGCAAUCAGCUAUCAGUCCUUCUUGGAGGGUGCUACAUGUAGUUUUCGAUGUUUGCCUUUAUGAAAGUCAGAAAAUGACACUUCAUAAGUGGUGUCAUCCUGCUGUGUCUAAGAGAUUUAGAGGACAAAUGAAAAUCUUGAUAGAUUGUUUCUGGCAGUUAUCAGGAUUUUAACUAAGCUUCACCAGGAACAAAAUCCACCGAAUUGAUGUAGUUAUCCAAUGACAAUGAAAAUAAAAAUGGGGCAGUUGAUAUUACUCUUGUGAGACUGAUUCUUUCAAGAUUCAAGAACUGGGAAAUUUAUCUUUUUCUUUAUAAUAUUCACGGUUUUAAAAGAUCACAUCGUUUCUGAGCCUAAAAACACUGGAUAAUCAAGCACAAUGUUUAAGUGUACCCUAAAGGGUCAUAUCUGGAAAAGACUUUGAAGCAGGAAUAUGGAAAGCCAGGACUUUCUCAGUGGCAAUAUGUCUUGAUUUACUGGUGGCAGACCAAAAUCAAUCCUAGUUGUUGCUAGUUUACAAGAAG